AUGGAGAAAAUAGAGACAAUGGACGAGCAGGCAACUCUGGGAGACACAAUGAUUCUCGCUCAGGGGCUUCCCGAUUUUCUCCCGGCUGCCAUUCGACGACACAUCCCCCGUCUGUAUCCUUCGCUCCAUCGUGCGGCGCAGUCGGACUCAAAUAUAAACGCGGCAAGAACAGGCCACAAGCUCAAGGAUCCUAGCUUCUCCUCAUCUUUCUCGGAGCCGGAGUUGACAUUGUACGGACAAAAAGCUGAUUUGACCUUGGGUGACCUGCAGCGCCCUGCUACUGCGGGCAGUAGUAGUAACGAUCAGGACUCGUGCGGUUCUUCAGUUUGUGGGAAAUCUUCGGACAUUAGUUAUAUCACCUCUUCCGAAGAAAAAAAGGGUGUAGAGUCUAUGGGGUUUGCGAUGUCCAAAUAUGAAGAGGAGACUGGACUGCGCUGGAAUCAUGUCGUCCCAGCGUUUCAAUUCCUCCAACAUGCAGGAGUGGAAGCCCAGCGACGCGAUUAUGACAGCCACCUGGUACGGUCAUUGUACAUGGAUGCGCUAUGCUAUCUUCUCCAGGCCCUACCGGCCGAUUUGACUUAUGAAGAAACUGCAAGAAUCAGAAAAAGCCUCCCUGGCCGAGUUUCCAACUCUCUCGCUGCUCCUUCCGCAGCUGGCUUCGUUAACCAACCUGUGAACCCAAGACACCCGGCCGAGCGCUCUUACCUCCACCGGUUACUUGCCUCGAGUAUUAUUCACUUCUUUCUCCUGCUUCAGUUCCUGAUGCCAUACCUCAAGAUUGUGCUGCACCGACUCUACCAAUUCGAACGGUCCCAUCGGGUUACUGAGCGCGUUGUGUCGGCGAGCUUGGAUGCUGCCGAUAGCUUGGGCAAACGGAGCUUGAGUCUGGGAACAACGGUUCUUAGUCUCCAUGAUGGGAAAGUAGGUGUUGCGGUGUCAAGUCUGGCUGCUUGGUGGGUCGAAGGUAUUGCAGGUGGAAUUUACGAGGGGAUUGGCGAGGGCAUGACCAUCUUAGGGUUCAUUCGGCCAAAUCCCGGUGUGGGGGUAGGGACACAGAUGCAACCCAUGCCAAGUGAUUGA